GCAUGAUAUUGUGUUGUGCGACUUAGCAAGCAUAACGAACGACUCCGCCACUAUAAAAGAAAAAGCAGACAUCUCUUGGUCAGCUGCUGAUGCGAUGGGCCAUUUCGGGAAAAACUGAUCAUCCAUCGCAUCUGUGUCUUUCUAACCGUUGUGGUUCCGACAUACCAGAGUUGGGGGCAAUGAAAGACUCGCUGGUGUCGUGACGCUGAUCGCGCCAGGCCAAGAGAUGCUUGCACAUUGCCGGAGAGGAAGGUGGUGACUUUUGGUGCGAAGCUGCAUGGUCUAUUGUGUAUCGUAUCGUUGAGGCACUGGAACCUUUGGAUUUGCGAUGCUCGUUCAAGCAUGGGCCAAAACUCUCCCUAUAUCAAACACGUCUUUUCCAUAGAACUCACACAACUUGGGUGUCAUAUGCUUUGUCUCAGGUCAUCUCCAUCCAUCACCCCAAGCAAGAAUGAGCUUUGACUCGAUAAACAUCACCAGUGCUUCACUGUCGCCACCGCAGGCUCUGGACUGGUCCAACUUGGGCAAUGGAUUCAAUUUCGUGUCAGGGCCGUUUAGCUGGUUAUGCAUGGCCGCGUUCUUGAGUGGAUUCGUGUUGGCCCACUUUCAACAUCAAAGUUCUUUCAAAGAACUGUAUGAUAAGUACGGAAAUGGAAUUCCUGACGGUCCCAAGCCUCUUCCAAUUCUUGGAUCUUUCCCUUUUCUGACCCAAUACCCGGAGCUUACCCUCGACAAGUGGGCUAAGAAAUAUGGAGGGCUGUAUUCCGUCUGGCUUGGAAAUCAGCUCUUCGUCAUUGUGUCGAGCCCGCAGGUUGCCAAGGAUCUCAUGGUGACGAACGCCGCGGUGUUCUCCUCCCGGAAAGACAUGUUUAUCAAGAGCCAGACCGUCUUCGCAGGGCGUGGGAUCACUGCCACGCCAUACAACGGCAUAUGGCGAAAACACAGGCGCAUAGCUACCAGCUGGCUGAGCCACAAGGCCGUCGAAAAGUACGCAUCUGUUCUCGACCGCGAAGCCACGGACAUGCUCCUUGCUCUCUACGAGGCUGGCGAUGGCGGGAGGAACCACGUCAACCCGCAACCUUAUGCAGCACGAUGCUCCUUGAAUAACAUGUUGACCAUCGUAUUUGGGGCGAGAACAGACUCUGUCAAGCAUCCGAUGGUCGAACUCGUUCUCGGAAUCGGCCGGACUUUCAUCAAUUGCACCGGGCCAAUGUCCAACCUCGUUGACUACAUCCCCAUUCUCCAAUACUUCCCGUCUCCCAUACGGACUCGCGGCCGCAGAUUGCACCGAGAUCUGGUGGAAACUUACGGUGGCUUGAUCAACGACAUUGACAUCAAAAUGCGGCGCGGCGAGGACGUCCCUGAAUGCCUAACCAAGACCAUGCUCCGGAUCCGCGAGACAGAGAAGCUUGAUGAUCUCGACAUAGCCAUGAUGGCGUCGGCCUUCAUGGUCAGGGGCGUUGAGACGACUGCUUCCAUCGUGCAAUGGUUCUCUGCCCUCGUUGCAGCUUACCCAGAAAUUCAGAGAAGGGCGCAGCAAGAGCUCGACCGGGUUGUAGGCCGCGACCGACUACCAACCGUGGAAGACGAGGCAGACCUCCCGUAUGUGCGCGCUAUCGUCAAGGAAGUCGAGAGGUGCCACAACCCUUUUUGGCUAGGGACUCCGCAUGCUGCGUCGGAGGAUUUCACGUACAACGGCAACUUCAUCCCCAAGGGUACGGUGGUGGUGUUGAACACGUGGACGAUGCACCACGACCCAGCUAGGCACAAGAACCCGAUGGAUUUCAACCCCGACCGUUACCUUGGAGACUCGCUCACGUCUGCGCAGUCAUCCAAGCUCACAGACCCAUACCGGCGCGAUCACUGGAUGUUUGGUGCGGGGAGACGCAUCUGCCCGGCCAUGGCAGUCGCAGAGCGUGAGAUCUGGCUGGCCAUCUCCCGCCUCAUCUGGGCCUUCACGCUGGAGGAGGUGCCAGGACACCCGAUAGAUGUCCGGGGAUACGAUGGGCUCAGGGGCAGGUCGCCGGCACCGUUUCACAUCAGGCUCAUACCGCGACAUGACAAGGUCAAGACAGUGAUGGAUGCUGCCGAGUCAAAGAUGGACUGGGCUGCUCCGAGGUAGAAGGGGGACUUGGUGUGGAGAGGGAGUGGCGUUUGCUGACCAUUGCUGACACGGCCACCGAAGUCCCCGAGGAAAAUACCGGGCCUCUGGGGGGGGAUCAGUAUAUUUUGUAAGGGGUGUGGCCAGACUGCAUAAAGUGUGAAGUCAUACGAUGGCAGGCAGUGUCCCUAUGUAUGUCGAGAAUGCAUGGGCCUCCCGG